AUUGAUUUGUUGUGUUGAUUUCAGAUUAGAGGCUGGAAAUUGUGAGAUACAAAUAAAAAAUGUGUUAAACUGAACACAAAUGUAACAGUCGUAUUCUUUAUAUUGUUGUGGAAUUAUUAAUUAAAAUGAUGGGUGACCAGGCGAGCCCUUUGGAAGAAAAUGAAAUGCUUAAAGCAUUGUAUGACUUCGAGGCAACAUUGGCCAAAACUCUUAGUUUUACGGAAGGCGAGUUUUUCUUCCUUCAACAAAGUAAUGCGAAGCAGAGGAACUGGUGGCAUGUUGUUAAUAGAAAAGGUCAAGUUGGUUUCGUGCCCUCGAAUUACGUCGCUGGAGUCAAGGUGGAGCCAGAAUUCUAUUUGGCAUUCCUCAACGAUUGUAUGAAGAAUAUCAAUGAGAGUGGUACAAUGGCGCAGAAGCAAGAAUUACUAGCUAAACUAAAUGAGAAGAAGAAACAAAUUCAGAUAAGUAUAAAGCCGCAUGGGAAGAAGGCGCCAGCCCCUAAACCUCCACCACGGCUGGAUGACUGCACUCCACCUAAUGGUGUGUCACCAUGUUUUGACUUGAGACCUGUAGUGUCUCAGCAGCACAUCAGUGAAGACAGAGAAUCCUCUCCAUCACCAACCAAGCCUAAUAAUAAUGUGUCUCAAGAGGAUGAAGAGGUCCGUAAAAAACCAGCGGUGGGUAAGACAUCCUCCAACCAAGUAUCUUCAGACACAGACAACCAGGAUGACAGCCAGGAUAGCAGCGAGAGCAUAAAACCUAAUGCCAUCUAUGAAAUAGUACAGGCUGUGCGAAAAGAGACACAACUUAGCCAUGAUAUGUCCAAAGUGGCAGUGGAAACAGUGCUCAUAUCUCUGAGAGAGUUCCUACCAGGUGGAGCAGCACGGUCAAUCAUUGAUGCUUUGCUCCGAGAAGCAAACAGUAACAUCACAUGUCCGAAGAAUGCUAUUGAUGCAGCCCCUGAUGCUUUACGGAUGAUGACGGCUCUAAAUGCGCUGUCGAAGGCUGCCAAUGAUGCCCAACAAAGAGGCUGGGCCCUACAUGAUGAUGCACAUGACAUACAGACACAGUUGUUAGAACUUAUUUCUGUUAUGUCAAACGCCGACGUGAACAUCUCUCAACAUGUACUGAGCAGCCACAAGUACGCAUACGUAACGACCUUAGUGCAGUACUACCAAAUGGAAACCAGGUGGCCGCUACGACAGCUUCUGCUUCAGGCAUUUGGUGUAAUGUGUGGCUUAGAACGCACGGCGCUCGCGACCCUAGCUCUGUCAGCCCUACCGGCGGAGAUAGCACGAGACAUGAGAGACAACCCUCGUGCGGUCAGCCGUCUCUCGCAUUCUGCACUGCUAUUGUCCAUGGUACUAUCCAUGGGGGACAAACUGCCUAUCACACAUUUUGAACAACUGGGCGUAGACUUCGCUCUCUUCCUACUGGAGUUGAUAGAGAAUCCUCCGGAGACAGAUGUGGAUGAACAGAUUCCUGACUUGUUCCUCACACUGGUACUUGCUUACAACCUGCAGUUUGAAGAGUCGUUCGAUAACCUCCUCCUCAAUGCCCUGGAGACCAGAGAAAUAGCAAAGACAUUCUGUGAGAAAGCUCUUUUGCUGCUUAACCGUGAAGAGGAUCCAGUCCACAUUUUCGAUCACGAACCGGCGCCCGCGCACUCUGUAUUAAAAUUGAUGAUUGACGUGUUCAGUCGUAAGAAGACUGCUGAACACUUCUAUACGAAUGACGUGAAGGUUGCCAUUGAUAUCAUUGUGAGGCAGCUAGCGGACCUCUCUCCAGGAGACUUGCGACGCCAGCAAUACCUACGAAUCCUUCAAGGUAUAAUCCGCAACACAGAGUAUGGAGCGCACGUGCACCGUCGUGAUGACCUCCUUCGAUGCUUCGCGCGUAUCUUCUGCGAGGAGGGAGAGUGCAGCCGUGAAGACCAGGCUCUCGUCAGAGCCAUUUCCAACGAGUUCCCUCAGUACUUCAAACCUUAAGACCUGAAGGUAAUACUUGGCUUUGAUGGGUACAGAUUGUCAGAUCCCCAGUGGAUGCAUUCGAGAAACUUCGAAUUCAAAUAAGUUAUAAACCUCUUUUUUAAAUCAAUCUAUUUAAGCAAUACUUUGUCUGUGGUCAAUUUUUAAAAUAAGAAUGUAGUUGUUUCUUUUUAUUAUUAUUAAUGUUACUGGUCUGGCAAUCUUUUUGAAAAUGGAAUCUCGAUUAAAAAACUGUGUUCAGAUUAUCGUUGGGAGACGCUUGGUUUGGCUGUGCUAUUGGUAGAGGAGAUUUGACGAAAUUGAAUUCUAUGGUAUCGAACUUACGAUUCAUAUUAGCUUGUCGUUUAUGAUAUGAUGUUUAGUGUUGUUAAAGGUUGCAUGUUAUAAGUGAAAAAUUACAAAUAAUUUAGAUUGUCUUUGGUAACGAUGUGCGCCUAAAACAUAUUCCUAGUUCAACAGCUAAUGACAUUAUCUUUAUAAGAUUAAUUAAACAAAAAAUGAAUCAUUCCUUCUUUAAGAACUUUUAAGAAAUAUGAUGUCGUAUAGUAUCAAAAAAUGCAAUUAAUAUACGUAAUAAUGUUCACGUGAAUAUUGUUUAGGGAAUUGUGAACUUGCUUUGCAGAAUGUAUCCUUAUUAUUGUAGUUAUAAUGUUGCACAAUUAGAAUAUAAUUUGCAUGGCAACUUGUAUUUGCACAGGACGAAACAAUGCAAUAGAUAAUAGAAAUAAUUUUACAAAUCUUUAAAAGUACUCAUUGAAUUCUAUCACUAAGUAUAAGUCAAAUAUUCUUCUGAGAUUACUGUCUUAGAUUUAAACGAAAUCACUAAAUUAAUUAAUAUACUAAAACCUAGUUCGUCUCAUAUUAAAAAAAAAACAGUAUUUACACUGCAUUUACACA